UACUAUUGUCAAAUUUGUAGAUUGAAAUUAUUCUCAACAGGUGAAUUGAUUGAACAUUCUCCUUCGGAGAAGAGAGGACUCAAAGAUUUUGAAUAUAAGAAAUUGAGAAAGGAUGCCAAGAGAGGAGUUUCAAAGACUUCAAAGAAUUGUACUUCUCUCUAUUUGGGAGAAAAGAUAGAUUGGAUGGGUUCAAUGGAUGGCGAUGAAGGAAGAAUUUUCUGUAAAUGUGGACACAGAGUUGGAGCUUACAAGUGGAGUGGAUCUCAAUGUUCUUGUGGUAUUUGGGUUUCUCCAUCCAUUCAAAUUCAAAUGUCUCGAGUUGAUAAGAAAUGA